GACUUUAAAAACCCCUGAGAAACAACACAACGCUAAACACAUGCUUUCAUUUGAGUAGGGUGAGAGUGAAGGUUUGUUGGAUGGCAAAGAGUUAUGUUUACUUCUCAUAACCACUUCAAAAAUCCAUUUCAGCGCAUCUUUCAUUGACAGCAGACAUUUCACUAUCAACAAUCAUCUUCAUCCGACGUUCACCUGACUGUUCUCCAAAAAUGAACAUCACAAAACCAUAUGGAUUCAGCAGUUACUCUUUCCCUGAGCAUGUGAUGCCAGUGGAAUUGGCCAUGUAUGCGCAGGUUAGCCCACCGGUGUCUCAGCUCCUUGGCAUGUCCGCUCUCAGGUCUUCUUCAUCCAACUUGUCCUCACCAGAGCUUCAAAGAGCCAGACUUUCACCUCCUUCCCCAUCAUCUUCACUGUCUUCCUCCAGUUCUAGCAGCUCCCUGUCCUCAUACUCUCCCAGCCGCGGCACAAUACGCAAGAAGAAGCAAGUUGUAUUUGCUGAUGCUAAAGGUCUUGCUCUUGCCACCGUGCGCAUCUUCACCACUGACCCUUCGGAGACGGAAACUGAAGAUGCCCCACAACCAGUGGAGAGCGUGAAGGCUAGAGCACCCAUGCAGAGUGUGAGACUGCGACUGAAGCUUGGUUUCCCACAGCCUAUUGCAGACCGUGCAAGCUUGAAGGAAACCUUAGUACAGUUGGAGAGCUGUAGCUUGACUGAUAGGGUGUUGAGCGGAGCCGUACGGGUCUGCAACAUUAAGUUCGACAAGACUGUAGUUGUCCACAUAACUUUUGACUCAUGGCGAAGCCACAAAGAAAUUGCAUGCACUUAUGUUAGGGAACCACAUGCAACUUUGGAGACUGACUUGUUUUCUUUUAAUGUGUCUCUACCAUCUGAGCUGGACCCAAAGGAGCGUGUGGAAUUCUUAGUGGUGUUCCGACCCGGCAAUAGCAACAUGAAAUUUGUAGACAACAACAAGGGUAAAAACUACCAGAUUUAUGUGGAAAAUGUGGCACCGGAACCUCAGCUAGCGACGCCAAGCAGGCGGAACUUUGUGGAAAACUUGGCACUGGAACCUCGCCUAGUGACACCAAGCAGGCGGAACUUCGUUACACCAAGUCCUCAGCGUCUUUCUGCAUGGCCCGGGGUCAGAAGUCAUGAGCUACAGAUGAUGAAAAACCUGCCAUGCAAAGGCCCACAUUACCCAGACCGUCUGGUACACAGGACCUGGGGAAGAAUGGCAAAUGUUGCUCCGUUGUGUUAAGAUGGGACUGAGACACGUGCCGUCCACAUUUCUACUUGAUCUCUAUCGGAUUUCAAUGAUGUACAAAAGUGACUUUUUGCACCCCAUUGUUGUACAUAUCACUUACUUGAAUGGACUAUCUUGUUCAGUGCUUGCUAGUUUGCACAUGCUGCUGAAGAAGUGAAAUGUGAAUGUUUACUAUGAUACUUUUAUAUAAGUUUGAAUUGGUUUUAAUUUGCACACUUAAUAAUACAAUAAUACCAAUGAUUCCUUUGUCUGAAGAGGUAAAUUGAUAUGUAAAAGUGAAGUAUAAAAGAAUCCUUUGUAUAUAUGUAUAUAUAAUUAUGUAUUUAUUUUGAAGUCUCUCAUUAAAAAGAAACUGCUUUCCAUGAA